AUGGACACCGAUUUGCAGAGUGAUUUGGUAUUGAGGCUGCAAGGAGGGGGUGAUGGGGAGAAUAGCAGUCCGGCGGAGGCAGGAGCCUCCACUGGCCACCCCAAAGAUGGAUUCCGGCCACUUCUGGACGCCCAGGGGCGCUGGGUGUUCCAUGUUGAUGACGUGCCUCCGGGGACAGCGGAGGAUUCUACACGCUCCCCACCCAAACCCGCUAGGGGGCUUAGUGAGAGACGGCAACCCGUAGUGCGAAUAGAACGCAUGCCAGAAAGGGUCCCCUCUCUUGGCAGGGAGGAGUUCUUCUCCCCCAUGAGAAUAGACACGGGUGACCUCCCUGGGGACGGAGUAUUUUUCUCUCCGGUGCCAACCGACGGGGAAACCGCCGAAUCCGACGUUUCGCUAACUGCCCAAAUGGCCGCAGGACGGAAGAGGCAGCGAAGCAGUGGUAGCGACACGGGAGCAUCGCCGAGCGGCGAGGCUUCCGAUCUUGCGGAGCGAGGAAAGUCUGCCUCGGGGCCCUCCAAGCGAGGAACAGGCCGCCAACCAUCCACGGCGCGCCACGCCGGGCUAACCAAGGAAAAGGCUAAGCGCCGGGAGCUCGAGCUGCAAACUGAAGAGGACCUGAUGGCCGCGUCCAAAAUGGUGACGCUAAGACGGCUUGCCCGCCAUCCGGAUUCGUUUGGGACGACAAGUGGGUCAGACGACGAAGAAAACCGCACUGUCCUGGCCCUAAACCAGCAGGUGCGUGAUAGUCUGGGGCUUAUCAAGGACGUGGCCACCAAGUCCAAAAACCUAAAGGGCACGUACCAACGAAUCCUGAAGGAGGCUGUGGCUGCGAUCAGGGAAGCUGUCGGUGAGAUGAGGGGCCGGACUGUCUCCGAUGAGACGAGGAGGCUCGCCGCCGAAAACGCUCGCCUUAAGGCGGAAAUGGCCGAGCUCCGUAAGGAGAUGGGCGACUUGCGCAAUAGCCUUGGGCAGCGCCUCGAAGGGACGCGCCAAGAGACGACGACAUCACCUGCUCGGGAGCAAGGUGACUUAGAGCGCAAUAUCGUGGCCAAGGUGACUGAAAUGAUGGGUACAAGGUUGAGCGCCCUGGAGGAGAAACUGCUCCCACAGCAACCUACUCAUGUGUCGUCUGCUCCCACACCUUCCAAAGCAGGAAGCUCUCCCCCCGGUCACACUCCAGCUCCUACCAACCCAGCGGGUGCGAAGCGGGCUGCGAAAAAGAAUAAAAAGAAGGAGGGGCCCAAAAAGCGUCCUACGGGUGUUCCUGGCCCCGCUUCCCAAGUCCGGCAGCCUCGGCUGCAGACAACAGUGCCUGCCUCGGAAGAGGAAUGGACGACUGUGGUCAAGCGGGGUAAGAAGAACAAAAAGAAGUCUCCCGUUGGAGCAGCGACGACUGCGAAGCCGCAACAGCCGGCGGCACCGCGGAAAGCGCAAGAAGGGAAGGGUCGCAAUAAGACCAAGGCGCUACUGCGCACCCCGCGGUCAGCCGCCGUAGUCCUCACCCUGGAGACGGGAGCAGAAGAGAGGGGCGUUACCUACGGAACGUUGAUCACGGAGGCCAAGUCCAAAAUUUCCCUGGAUGGGCUCGGUAUCACCGGUCUAAGGUUCCGUAGGGCAGUGACAGGGGCGGCAAUCCUGGAGAUCCCAGGCCCAGACACCACCAGCGGCAACCAAGCAGACUCUCUUGCUGCCAAGCUGAGGGAGACGCUUAAUGUGGCCGACGUCCGCAUCUCUAGGCCGGUAAAAUGCGCGGAGAUGCGCAUUUCCGGCCUGGAUGACUCGGUUACAGAGGAAGAGCUCGCCGCUGCCGUGGCGAAAGUUGGAGGGUGUGCCCUAGAGGCAGUGAAAGUUGGCCGGAUCUCCCGCACGCCAACAGGCCUGGGCACAGCGUGGGCUCGCUGCCCCGUAGCAGCCGCCAAGAAAGUGGCUGAGGGGCGACUCCUCGUCGGAUGGGCUUCGGCAAACGUGAAGCUGCUGGAGUCCCGACCCCUGAGGUGCUUCCGCUGCCUGGUGCCUGGCCAUGUUAGGAAGGGGUGCACCUCAGAAAUCGACCGCAGUGACCAGUGCUACCGAUGCGGUCAAUCCGGUCACCGGGCCAGGGACUGCACCGCCGCGCCCCACUGCACUCUGUGCACUGCAGCGGGCAAACCUGCUGACCACAGUGCCGGCAGCAGUACCUGCGCGAUGGGGGCUAAAGCCCCAAAACGCAUGUCCCGGAAGGCGACCAGCAAACCAGGUACUCCUGGAGUGGCGGCGCCUCUGGCCGCACAAGAGGGCCCGAUUAGCAAUGCGCCAAAUGACGAGGUCAACUAA